AUGACCACAGUCCCCUCGGGAGAGGCCAGCAUCCCCACAGGAGGUGAUAGCAGGUCUUCAGACAGCCCAGCAGUGGGGUCUCAAAGUCAGGGCUCCCUCCCUGCAGAUGGCCCAGUGGCCAGAAGCGCAGCGUCAGCCGAACAGGAUGUAGAUGAGGCCUCCAUCGCGCCAGCUGCCUCCAAGGCCACGUCGGAGUCUGGGGAUGAGGGCAGGCCUGGAGGUGAAGCUGCCGCAGGGCACAGGCAGGAACCCAAGGCGGCCACGGCCCAGCUGGCCCACCCAAGGCCAGACGCCCUGCCAGUGUCCAUGAGCCUCCACAGCCUCGUGUGGGCUGGGUCGGUGCGAGAUUUGAGGACCACCCAGAGUCUUCGGGUUUCCCAAAGUGACUCCCUGGUUAAGAUAGAGACACCACAAACAGCGAGUGUCCCAGACAGGGAGCAAGGCUUAGACCCAUCUACCCCAAGUGCUGAGGUGCAGUUCCCCCAAAAUGUGCCCACCAUGAGCAUCGCGGACGCAGACAGACAGCUGGACACUCGGGCCACCGGCCCCAUUGAAGCUAUUGAGAAAUCUGAGGGUCCAGAGGCCGUGAACCCUGACACUGAAGCUUUGCCAUCGGCUGAGUCCCAGGCGGUGACCGAGGGGGACUGGGCAGACCGCUCAGGAGACCUGCAGGCUCGGCCGGUGCCGCCCCCCACAAGAAACAGUGGCCCCCCCUUGCCUGGUGCUCCCACAGUGGCCCGGCGGAGGAGGCCCCUGGACUCCAGCCUGUACAUGGCCACCGAGAGGAACAACUACUUGAGCUCCAUGACCAGCCUGCUGGGAGGGGGCGAGGGGUCCAUCAGCUCCCUAGCAGACAUCCUGGUCUGGUCUGAGGCCACCAUGGGCAUAGCCACAGGCCUCCUGGCGACAGGGCAUAGCUCCAUGUCGGACCUGCUGCAGAGCUUGCGGCCCAGCCUGCACUCCGUCUCCAGCAUCCUGGGGAACGCGGGGUCGGCCCUCUCCUCCGGGCUGGUGGCGGGGACUGGCUCGGUCCUUCGGUCCGUCACCCACGCGCUGGAAAGGAUGGAGCAGAGGACUGCUGAGGGCGUCCGCCUGGCCGCGUGCUACGUGGCCGGCCGCCUCGCCCCACUCUGGCCCCAACUAUGA